CGCGCGCUCGGCUGCAACAUGGCGAUCGCGCGCACCGACCCGUCACCGCGCAUCCUGCGGUGCCGUACGGCAGAAAUGCUCCGUUCUCGCGUCACCGUACGCGUUACUCCCGUGGACGUUACGUGAGCGCGCGGGGCCGGAGAAGAGACAUGAUAGAUUGACCGUCGAUCGGUAGACGGCGCGACAGUGAGUGAUAGUUCAUCACUCGGGGCUUCGGCUCAGUCAGUGUUGCCCAGCGCAGCACUGACUCCUCUCGCUUAUUCAUUCGUGUUCAACGCCCACCGCUCUAAAAAAUGGCUUGUUGGUUUUUUUUCUAGCGUUUAAAACGAGUCAAGAGAGUAUUUGUGUGUUUUGCGAAAGACGCUUCGUUUCGUGGUUUCCGUUCGUUGCGGGGCGCGAUUUUUACCGCCAGAACCAGUUUGAAUUCUGUACUGAACAUUUCUCGUGUCAUUCAGCUGGAUUAGAGCUAACCCGUUAGAAUCGCGCAGAGGAGUGUUAUUUACACUGCGAGGAAAUCCACAUUCCGGUGAACUAGUAGAGAAUGGAACACUAUACGUUUUUAAACAUUUUUCACAUCCUCUACUAGAAGUGACUAAAAGUGACGAAGCGCUCGCGCCGCUGUGUGUCCACCUGACCAGGCUUAACCAGGUAGUCCCGCGUUCCUACUAGUCGCACUAAUUCGUGAUUUAACCGGCCACCGCCCACUAUUUCCGUACAGCAAUCUGAGCAUUAAGUUACAGACAGUGUUAAACGGGUACAUUUUUACCUCAGGUUUUCGCGAAUAUUGCUUAUAUUUGAAGGUAAAACGCAGUUGCUACUUAGCCCAGCUGACGCUGCAUAGACUCAUGACUCAGAGAUGAAGUUCGCGGCGUUUGUAUUUCACAAAUCUAGUUUUUCGUCAAAAGGUUCAGUAGUUCGCUGCGCUAAUGUAAUGCGGACGUGGAUUUUGAGAAUAACUUCUCAUUUUGUCCACUGAAUAUGAAUUCAGUUGUCUAAAAACUGUGUAUGAAUUGAACUUAGAGAAUAUUUUAAAGCCGCUGCAGGAAAUAAAUACACACAGGGUACAGGACAGUGGAGUUCUUGUUUUUGGCUUCUGUUCGGGGUUAUAACUUAUAGAUUUACACUAGUGCCCUCUAUAGAGUCUAUAUUGUAAGAUGUUGAGUUGUGCUGUGAAAUUUUAGUUUAAAGUGACUUAAUGCUGACGGUGUGCAAUAUAAAUUUCCCCGGAUUUUACUUCAGUCAUUUACAUCAUGGCAAGGGUUCCUCAUGGAAAUGGGUCGGUUGGAGGACUUUACUGCGAAGGCCUCUUCAACGCUGGUAUGAAACAAACAUGGUGUCGUGUGGUGAUGCUUCGCUGAGUACAGCGGGCCUGGUGAAGUCCAAGAUGUACAGCAAACCACCCAAUGUGCUCAAAGCUCCAAAACCCUGAACCACAUCUCCACAUGAAUGUGAAAUUAUUGUGACGCCUUAAGUUCCAGCUGUUGUAUAACCGCUACCCAGAAGGCCUAGGGGCGUCCCUGUACCAAGAGCAGUUUGACUUCAACGCGGAGCCACCCUGGGAUCCCAGCUGAUACAGGGGCGGCGCCACCUCCUGACUCGUCCAUUUUGUUGCAUAUUCCUGGGAUCCCAAGGGCUUAGUCCUUUCUUUGAUUUGACUGUCUGCUUUAUGAUCGGAUUUGCGGAAUACGGUUGAGAUGAAAGGACUUCUUGAUGAACAAAACAUCACUGUUGAACUUCUGGAGGGAGGCACAACUCUUGGAGAUGUCAUUGAUAAGCAUAUUUACGAGCAAGUGCUGGCUGAAAAGAGUGCAUUUCUUGUGGCCAACCUUGGGGUCCUGAUGCAGCAGCAUGUUGUCUGGCAGUCUUACAUGGCACCCAUGCGCCCAUUCUACCCUGUCAAAUGCAACAGUGACCCAGCUGUCAUUGGGGUCCUGGCUGCCCUCGGAACUGGCUUCAUCUGCACCAGCAAAACUGAGCUAACGCUUGUGCUGGGCUUCGGCAUCGCUCCUGGGGACAUCAUCUUUGCCGGCGGCUGCAAGCAGCUCUCCCACAUAAAGUAUGCAGCCAAGAGUGGUGUCAAACUCUUUGUGUGUGACAAUGAAGUGGAGCUGUGCAAGAUAGCACGCUGUCACCCAGGCGCCAGGUUGCUACUGGAGGUGGCCACUGCUUCCGAGGAUCAGGAAACCAGCAUGGCCCCCGGCUGCUCACUCAAGGCCUGCAGGCACCUGCUGGAGUGUGCAAAGGAGCUGGACAUGCAGGUGGUGGGCAUCAGGUUCCAGGUACCUUCCUCCUGCAGGGACUUCCAGGCCUAUUCCCAUGCAGUAGCAGACGCCCAAUCUGUGUUCGACAUGGGGGUGGAGUUUGGCUUCAAUAUGAGGAUUCUGGAUAUCGGCAGUGGAUUCAGUGGAUCGGAGUCCCAUCUGAAACAGGUCCAGUCUGUCCUUGGGCCACUGCUGAAGGCUUCCUUUCCGGACCUCCCUGGAGUAGAUGUCAUUGCAGAGCCUGGGAGUUUCUACGUGUCCUCAGCAUUCACCCUGGUGGUCAACAUCGUUGCCAAGAAGGCAACUAUCCGAGAUGGCUGUGACCAUUUUCAAGAUGUUUUGUCCCUGGAUAAUGAGCCAGAGUUCCUGUACUACAUGAAUGAUGGAGUCUAUGGGUCCUUCGCCAACAGACUGCUGGACAGAACCAUCCCGGCCCCUUCAGUCCACAAGAAGGUCUUGACAGUGGAAGAGCCUGUAUUUGCAAGCAGCUUGUGGGGAACCACCAGUGAUGAGCUGGAGCAGGUGGUGGAGCGCUGCUUGCUCCCAGAACUCAGUGUGGGCGACUGGCUAGUCUUCAGCAACAUGGGGGUUCAUGACCUGGGGGGCUUACAGCAACCACCUGUCCACUACAUCAGCUUUGCUGAUCAAUGGUCCAAAGUGCAGGAGGCUGGGAUUAGUUGUAACUGCAGCCUGAAGAACUGCUUGAUGAUUCCACGCUGCUCAUAGCUGCCCAGUGAACCGGAAUAUCUGCUUGCCUGUACAACAUUCCAAGGCCUGAUUUUGCACCAGCCUUAAAACUCUGUUCCGCAGAAAUGAGAAAUUGGUGUUAAUAUUUGCUUUAGUGGUUUGAGAGAAAAGCAAAACUUAGUUUUUAGACCCACCCCACCAACCCACACAAAACAGAUUGGUAUUUUUAAGUCCUACAGUAUGCAACAAAAUGGACAAGUCAUUCUGCUUCUGGGUUUUCUGAACCCUGCUUUAGUUUAGUUUUCCUAAUCAUGUGCAUUCAUAAAUGUAGAUUUACUAAACUGGAGAUUCUAUGGUGACCAUUGAUAUGGCUGAAGAAUUAGAUUUGGAUUUAAAUAUUUACAAAAUGUCAGUUUGUAUUCAUCUGUCAUUUGAAAGUUGGUCUGAAAUUAAUUUUCUGCCACGUCAAACUAAUCACAACACCGUAAAUCAGGUUGUUUGUAGAAUUUGGUUGCACAAAACUUUGAAGACUGUUCAGGAGAGGAAAAAAGGAGCGUGUACAGUGUUUGACAGUGAUUGAAUGUGUAUCGGAUCAUUUUUAAAGCAGUGCUCUCACUAGGCAUGACAUGAACUUGACUUUGGACUGGAAGAUCUUGGCUUGUCUGCACACAGGGGUUUUUUGUUUUCAGACUGGGUAAUAGCACCAUGCUUCUAUGGACACUGUCUCUCUGCUGCCCACCACCAUGCACUGCCUGCACCCAGGAUCUUCUCAAGUUGGCUGAGAGGCAGUGCAGCAGGAAGUCACCCUUAAGUCUGUGUCAUCCUACAGGGCGGAGCCAACAGGAGCAAUAAACCCUGUGAGAAUGCUUCUCCCAGGGGUGGGCUCACAGUUUGUGUGUGUGUGUGUGUGUGUGUAUUUCUAUGUGACUUUGCUAUACUUCACAUCUUCUGUUAAGAUUCAGUUUCAGAAAAUAUUAACAAUCUAACAAACUAAUUUUGCCAAGGAACAAAUCUUUUUCUUUUGACUGUAAUAUGCUAAAGGACUGAACUGGGUUAAUUGACAUUUAUAUGCUGGUUUUUCUCUAAUUUAUUAAUGUAGAACCAGUGGUCUUGUUUGUAAUUCAGUCAGGUGAGUUCUGUAUAGGAUAUGAGACCAGAAUGUGGUGGUUCUGAUUGCUCAGUUUGUGUUUCCAGUGAAAGACAUUUGAGUGGUUUGCUUGGGUUUAGCAUGUUGUGUUGAGUCCUGUUCCCGAGUCAUUCUCAGUGUCCCUGUAUGAGUCCUGGUGACCCUCUAGUCCAAGUUCACUGCCUUCUAAACGUAAAAUUGUACAAAUUCAUUUGUGUUAAUA